AUGACGGCUCGCAAACGCGCGGCGCCGAGCGCGCGACGGUGCGCGCGCGCGGGCGCGGUGGCGUCGACCUCGCACGCGCCGGCGCCGGCGUCGGACGCGGACGCGGACGCGUUGACGCGGUUGAGAGAAUCCGAACGCAUUCGCGAUGCGCUCCGAGCGACGCUCAUCGACCUCAAGCGUCGAUACGAAUCGCUCGAGCUCGCGCACGCGGGGGCGGAGACGCGACGGACGAUCAUUAAAGACGCGGACGCGGCGCGAGAGGUGGCGGUGGCGAGACAGCGGGCGAGCGCGGAGCGGGAGCGGCGGAUGAAGGCGGAGGCGCGGGCGGAGGCGGCGGAGCGGCGCGCGCGAGAGGCGGAGAGCGAUCGAGGCGAUCGUGAGCGAAGGCGAAGCGCGGCGUUGGCGAGUGGGCUCGGUGGGUGUGACGCGCGAACGCUCGUGGGAUCGGAGACGGAUGCGCGAAGUGAGGAGGCGAAGGCGCUCGCGGCGGCGAUGCGAGAAUUGGAGUCGUUGCGAAGGACGUGCGAGAGGCAAAAGAAGGAGCUGGCGCAGGCCAGGGCGAGGUUGAAGCGCGUCGAUCUGGGCGACGAGGGCGGUGCGGUUGAUGACGACGGCGCCCGCGCGGGUGUCGCGCCGGAGACGACCGCGUCGGAGGCGAAUCAGAGAUCGACGCCGAGGCGCCGGGCGCGGGUGAAAAAAUCGUCGGCCGCCGCGUCCGCGCGCGUCGCCGCGUCCGCGCGCGCCGCCGACGCACCCGCGGACGCACCCGUCGUGACCACCGACGUCGCGGAGAGUCGUCCACCACCGAUGCCCUCGAUCGACGAACCGUGGAUCUCUCGUCCGCCCGGUCUCGUCGCUCCGCUCGGCGGCGCCCCGAGCGUGGCCAGGCGUCCCGUCUCCGCGACCGCCGUCGCCCCCGCUCGCAAGCGUCAGAAACCACCCGGGCGCUCGCCCGCCAUAGCGAAUAUCGCUCGCGCGGUCGAGCGAACCUCUCGGGCGUUUCGCGCGCCGCACUAG